AUGGCCUUUAGACCGCAGGCAAAUAAGAUUCAAAGUGCUGAAGAAACUGGAUGUGAAAUACAUGAGGGACAAACAGAUCCGCAUUCGCACGAAAACAUCAAAAAAGCACCCGAAACUCUGAGGUCAUUUGCGGAAGGCACUUCCCUACACGGAGCUCGAUUUUUGUUUGUGGGAAGCGUUUUCAGAAAACUCGUCUGGGCAGUGGCUCUUGUGGCGUGUUUUGCUUUCUGCGUCUAUCAAGUUUCUGCAACUGUCGUUGCUUUUGGACGUCGGCCAUUCAACACCAAAGUAACGGCAAAGACAGCGAAGAGGAACACAAAUUUAACAUUUCCCGCAGUGACACUUUGCAAUUUAAACUUUCUAAACCAGCGUAGGUACAUAAACUUCCAAAAAGGCAAGAAUAAAACCCGCGAGGUGAUCGCAAGAAAACUUGCAGAUUACGCGAAAAUGCUGGCAGGAUCAAAAGACGCCUUCAACAACGAUUCCAAACACCGCCAUGAUGAGUUGUUUUGGCGUUUCCACGGUGACAACCUUACCGGACAAACCUACCUCGACUUGUUUAGUCAUCGAAUCGAGGAGAUGCUCCUACCAAGUUCACUUUUCAAUUCUUGUUGGAUUGAUGGCGCUGUUUGCGGAAGCGAAAACUUUUGGUCGUUUACAAAUUCUAUAUUUGGACAGUGCCACACGUUUAAUUCCGGACGUGAUGAUCGCCCCGUAAUAAACGCCACUAUGGCCGGUAACCUGAACGGAUUGAAGCUGUCGUUAAACAUCGAGAGGGACAGUUACUUGGAGAAUCCGCUUUACCCAUUUGUCGGACUUACAGUUCUCGUACACGAUCAGGAGACCUUCCCAUACAUGGAACAGUUUGGCUUCCUUGUUCAGCCAGGCGUUCGUACUCUCUGCUCCAUAAAAAGGAAGAAGAUAAAAAACUUGGAGUCCCCGUUUUCAACGGCAUGCACUGGCAACAGAAACUUGGACAUGUUUAAAGACAGUGGUUACAAGUAUUCUAAACCCGCCUGUAUGAUGCAGUGUCUGAGCAAACUUUUAGUCAUUCGUUCUCGUUUGGAAAAGGAAUAA